AUUGUAUAACUGUUGAAGUAUUCUACGUGUGACUUAACCUCUGGGGUUUUAUAAUGGUCCUAAAACAGACCCUGGAGUUAGAAACUGUGUUCUAGCCAGGAAAUACUAUCUUUGACUGCAGCAUCAGCACAAGUGGACUGAUGGAGCUCUGACAUGACCACAAUCCUAAUCAUCUUGCUUGAUCUUUACACCAAUAAAUGUACUGAGCUUCAUCUCACGCCUUUGACUUCUGGGAAACAAGUAAUUUUUCCAUCCCUCUGCAAGGUACUGAGGAGGAACAUGAAAGCAUCACUUUUACUUCCUUUAUUUCUCCAAGGUGUUCUGCUGUUUGGUGCAUUAGGAGUGCAAGUGAGAAUGCCAAAAACAAUUCACGGUCUCAAAGGAUCCUGUCUGGUGAUUCCAUGUUCUUUCAAAUUCACAUUAAACCCACCCAAAAACCCAAGAGUUGUGUGGUAUCAGUUGGUCUAUACAGGUUAUCCUUUAGUUUACCAUCCUUCGAAGCCAAAUGAAGUGAUUAAGAAGUUCAGAGAAAAAACUGAUUUAUAUGGAAACUCAAGUGGUGAUUGUAGUCUGCUGAUCAGGAAACUGGAACAGUCCCAUCAUGGAGAGAAAUUAUACACAGGAAUUAACUCAAACAAAUGUCACAAAGUCACUUCUACAAUCCUUGUUGACACACGUCCACAAUUGCCCAGCAUCAGUAUUUCUGGAGGAGAGAAGAUGGGGGACAAGAUUACAGUAACAUGUUCAGCUUCACACACGUGUCCAUACAGCAAACCAAACAUCACUCUCAAUGGUAUUGAAGGAUCUGACCGAACAAAUGAAGAGUGUAGUGAAGACGGUCAGUGCAGAAACACUCUGACACGCACAGGUGUUGUAAAGACAGAAAAAACUACUUUUGAGUGUUCAGUAACACAUCAUGGUGGCAUAAACACAUCAGCUGCAAAAGACAAAAGUGCAUUAUGUGUUCAUCAAAAAAUAACCAUUGAGCCUGCAAUGGCAGCUGUCAGACAGCGCAUCACACAGAACUUCACUUGUACCGUCCACCAUUCCUGUCAGAAGGAGAAUCCAACCAUCACAUGGAACUACGAGAACAUGCAGGUCUCAGAGGGGAAAAAGACACUUUCUGGUGUUGAUCGAGUCGCUUAUUCCACCAUAACCUUUCUGGGUGCAAAAGAAGACCAUGGGAAGAAACUGAUCUGCUCUGCUAAACUUUCUGGAGGAAACAUCACGGCAUUUGUUGUUUUUCAUGAUCCAUCAAACAUGACGGUCAUCCUAACACCUUUACUUGUGGUCAUCUUUGCUUGCAUACUUGUUGGAGUCAUCAUAUGGAAGAAGCGUCACAGGCCAAAAAAUGAAAGUGCUGCGUAUGAAAACAACCCUUUCUCCCAACCUCACAUGCCUUUACCAAAGAGUGACCCAAAACUUCAGUCAAGAAAAAAUGAAGCAGAUUUAUAUGUCAACUUGGAAGAUUUGUAUGAAAAUAUCUGAUGACCAAACAGUAGAAAUGAUCCCAACACAGCAUUUUAAAAAUGAUCAACUGUAUUCGACUUAAUAUAAGAACAACUUCAACAACAAUAAUAGUGUUAAAAAAUUGUUAAGCAUUUUAUGAACUCAAACUUCAAACAUAUUGAUGCUGUAUCGGCUUUAUUUAGUAUACAUGUAUACUAUGUGCAUCUAUUGUUAGUAUUUCUCUUCGCUAUUACUAAAUAUGAUUGAACCAUAUAAUUAUGGUAAGUGAAAUAGGGCUUGUGAAUCUUUUAUUUGUAUCUUUUUUUACCUUGUUUCUCCAUCUUUUACUCUCUGCUUGUCAUAUAAAGGCUGAACCUGUUGUGCGAAGUAUUAUU